AUGACAUCGAUCGAGAAGAUCCUCGCGGGUAAAUACCCGGCGAAAGCGCAUGCCCGCAAGGUGGUUGCGCAUCUGCGACAGAAUGGAUUCGAGGGCGACGGAGUGAUCUAUCUCGAAGGCCAAAAGACACGAAUGGUCGAGGACGAUGACACCGAACAGCCAUUUCGACAGCGCCGCUAUUUCUUCUACCUCUCAGGAUGCCUGCUCCCAGACGCGCAUCUUGCCUACCACAUCGGUACCGACAAGCUAACACUCUUCAUCCCACCGCUCAACCCGGAAUCCGUCAUCUGGUCCGGACUGCCAGUCUCUCCAUCUGAAGCCAAGGAACGCUACGAUGUUGACGAAGUCCUGUUUACGACCGACAUCAACUCUACACUGGCACACUUGGGCUCGGAGGUGGGCAAGAGCGGAUUUGUGUUUGCGAUCGAGGGCCAGAUAGCGGACGACAUUUCAUUCACCAGUUUUCCCGACACCGACGUUGUGGCCGUGAAGAAUGCAAUUGAAGAAUGCCGAGCCAUCAAGGAUGCGUAUGAAGUUGCCAUGAUCCGCUUUGCAAACGACGUGACUACCAAGGCUCAUUUGGCCGUUCUCAAAGCUGCUAAGACGGCAGUGAAUGAACGCGAACUGGAAGCGGCGUUUAUUGGAACGUGCAUCGCGCAUGGAUGUCGUGAACUGGCCUACCAUCCUAUCGUUGCGAGUGGCACAAGCAGCGCCACUCUUCACUAUGUGGACAAUGCCCAACCUUUAUUCGACGCCUCCACAAACAAGAAGAAGUUGAAUCUGUUACUCGAUGCUGCGGGUGAAUACAAAGCCUACUGCGCAGAUGUCACGCGAACAUUCCCAUUAUCAGGAAAGUUCUCACCGCAAUCCCGGGAGAUCUACGAUAUCGUGCUGGAAAUGCAGAACGAAUCACUGGCGCUCAUUAAGGAAGGCGUUUCCUGGGAAGACGUCCAUGUCACUGCCCAUCGGGUUGCAAUCAAAGGGCUGCUCAAACUUGGCAUACUGCGCGGCUCGGAGGAAGAGCUGCUCGAGAAGCGAAUCAGUUCGGCUUUUUUCCCACAUGGACUCGGCCACUACCUCGGAAUGGAUACGCAUGAUACUGGCGGCCAUCCGAACUACGAGGACAAGGACAUUAUGUUUCGAUACCUGCGUGUCCGGGGUAAACUUCCUGCAGGAAGUGUGGUCACGGUGGAGCCUGGGGUCUACUUCUGUCGGUUUAUUAUUGAGCCAUACCUCCAGUCUCCCGACCUGUCCGGGUUCAUCAAUAGCGAGGUCCUGGAGAAAUACUGGGAAGUUGGAGGCGUGCGUAUUGAGGAUAACAUUCAUGUCACGAAGGACGGAUACGAAAACCUCACAACUGCGCCUAAAGAAGCUGCUGAGAUUGAACUGCUGGUCAAUGGGGCUUAG